AUGACAUGUGGUACAGUGAUCAUAACCAAUAUAACGUGGGUAACAUUGUACUGUUGUGCUAUUCGAAUUUGUGAUAGAUAUAAAUUAAAUAUUUUGAGCUGUAUAAUGGAUACCGUCACAGUUCAAUUAGACGUCGAGACAGAAAAAUUUCUGACUUUAUAUUUGUUCACAAACGUUGAAAACACUAAUGAAAUAAGGCAACAAGUGAUCGAUGGGCAGCUGAAAUGUUGUGUCUUAAAGGCCGGUCUGAUUGUUGAUCCCUUUCAAGUUAUUGUUGCGGCUAAUAAGGCAGUGGUCAAUGAAAAGUUCGGAACAUUGACAACCAGAACCAUAUUUUCAGAAAUCUUAUUCAAUUUAUCCUUAUCAAAGAAUAUAACUCAAUCCCUUACCAAAUUUGGCAUUGACGAUAAGGAAAGGAAUAUCAUCGUUGCAAUUGUUCACGAAGCUGAUAACUGCGAGGCUCUGGCAAAAAAUCCAUUAGCAGUGGUAAAAGGUGAUAGAGUACCCAUAACUAGACUCAAAGAAAUAUCAGACAUCCCACUUAUCAAGAAGACCUACAAAAUUGAUGAAUCUGAACUAAAAGUAUCAAGUAUUGUGGACUGUGUUACAAGCAAAAUGAACAUCAAAGAUUUUGCUUCUUACUAACAGAAGUGAAGGUACGCAAUUGGGGUGAGAUGAAGACAAAUGGUGAAAAUAUAUUUUUAGCUACGAACCAUUCUACUUGAUGAAGAGUUUGGUAUAGAAAAGCGUAAUGAUAAAUACAUCAAAUCUCUUUUAUGCUACACAAGACUUUUAGUUUAAAAAAUUUAGAGCUGAAUUUUAAUG